GGGGAGGGGAGUCUAGAGAGAGAAAGUGGGUGAUUAUUAAUGUAGGAAAGGAAAAGGAGAGGGAGGGGGUUCUUUGAAGAUAAGAGAUGUUGGCAAUGGAGAAGGAUUUUGAUGCUAAGUUGAUGAUUCAGAAUCAGGGGAACGCUUCUAAUGGCGGCGGCAAUGUUCAGAGAUCCAAUAGCUUUGCGUUUCGUGCUCCUCAGGAGAAUUUUACUAUACAGGAUUUUGAAUUGGGGAAGAUUUAUGGCGUUGGUUCAUAUUCCAAGGUUGUGAGGGCGAAGAAGAAGGACACAGGAAUUGUGUAUGCAUUGAAGAUAAUGGACAAGAAAUUCAUUACAAAGGAAAAUAAAACUGCUUAUGUGAAGUUGGAAAGGAUUGUACUUGAUCAAUUGGACCAUCCUGGUGUUGUCAGGCUAUUUUUUACCUUUCAGGAUACUUUUUCUUUGUACAUGGCAUUGGAGUCGUGUGAAGGUGGAGAGCUUUUUGAUCAGAUAAAUAGGAAAGGUCGUCUAUCGGAGGAGGAAGCUCGAUUUUACGCCGCAGAAGUCAUCGACGCUCUUGAAUACAUACACAACAUGGGAUUGAUACACCGAGAUAUCAAGCCUGAGAACUUGCUGCUUACUACUGACGGACAUAUCAAAAUAGCUGAUUUCGGUAGCGUAAAGCCUAUGGUCGACAGUCGAAUUACCGUGCUUCCGAAUGCAGCAUCGGAUGACAAAGCUUGUACAUUUGUGGGCACUGCUGCAUAUGUUCCUCCAGAAGUUCUUAAUUCCUCCCCUGCAACUUUCGGAAACGACCUUUGGGCGCUCGGGUGCACCGUGUACCAAAUGCUUUCAGGGACUUCUCCUUUUAAGGAUGCAAGUGAGUGGCUUAUUUUUCAAAAAAUUGUAGCUCGAGAUAUAAAAUUCCCCAGUUAUUUUUCCGAGCAAGCCCGGGAUCUCAUCGACCACCUAUUGGAUUUAGAUCCCGUUAAGAGACCGGGUGCCGGAGCUGAGGGCUAUGCUUCUCUUAAGAGUCAUCCCUUCUUUGAGGGGGUUGAUUGGAAGAACAUAAGAACACAAACUCCUCCCAAACUUGCUUUAGAAGCAGUGUCUCGCUCGAACGAGAACGACGACAGCUCCGAGUCCUCUUGGAAUCCUUCGCAUAUCGGAGACGGUGCACCGAGACAAAACGACGGGAAUGCUGGUUCUGCAUCGACUUCCGAAGGAUCGAAUCAUAUUGCUCGGAUUGCAUCGAUAGACUCCUUCGAUUCGAAAUGGCAACAAUUUCUUGAACCUGGAGAAUCUGUUCUUAUGAUAUCAAUGGUGAAAAAGAUUCAGAAAAUCACAAGCAAAAAGGUUCAGCUUAUCCUCACAAACAAACCAAAGUUGAUUUAUGUUGAUCCUUCAAAGCUCAUUGUUAAGGGGAAUAUCAUUUGGUCUGACAAUCCUAAUGACCUCAACAUUCAAGUGAUUAGCCCUUCACAUUUCAAGAUUUGUACGCCGAAAAAGAUUGCCUCGUUCGAGGACGCGAAACAACGAGCAUGGCAAUGGAAGAAGGCGAUCGAGGGGCUUCAGAAUCGGUGAAUCGUGCGUGUAACGGUGACACAUUCUUUGGAAGAGGAAAAGGAAAAGUGAGGUUGAUUAAUAACUUAAAUUGUUCUUGGUUCAUUGAUUUAAUGGAAGUUAUUAUAGUUAGAAGAAAUGAUGAGCUAAUCCGCCCCUCCGCCUCAACCCCAAGAGAAGAAAGCUGGAAGGAAGAAGAAGGAGAAGAAGAAGAAGAAGAAAGAGUGAUAUUAUUAUUAAUUAUUAUAUCAUUGAAUCCUGAUUAAUACUUGUAUCUUACCAGUCAUCAAUGAAAUUUACUGAAUGAUUCCUUGUUUUCUCUUCA